AUGAGCUUGAUGCGUCCUGGACAGUGGACAUCAGAUGGGGUUACAGUUAGAGUCAGGUGUGCCAGGGUGGUGGUGUGUAUCGUGCUGCUGUGUCAGGCUCAUGAAGCUCUGGAAGAUGCAAGUCCAUCCAAGAAAGCCCUCACCCUGAGACGAGCCUACCUGGGGCUGGACAAGUGCAACGCCUGUGUGGGCACAUCCAUAUGCAAGAAGCUGUUCAAGAACCACAUCAGGUUUGAUUGGUGGAUGUUCCCAGAACAAGCUGUACCAUCGGAUGACAGGCAGAGUUUCCUCGGGAACCUGACAGAUGAUUUACAGAGCUGGCGUCCAGUUUUGCUGUCCUUCCUCUCUUCUCCUCAUCAGCACAACUUGUCUGACCUCUUCAUCUGUCGCUCUGCGGGCAAGCAGGGGCCGUGCAGCAUCGAGGCUGUUCUCACUGCGACGCCCCGCUUCCAGAGGUGGAAACGGUCUCAUCUGCUGCUGCCACACAUGGUUCAGGGCCUGGCCCCUCCGUUGCUGCGGUGCCCCUCCCAGAGGCUGCUGGACCGGCUGGUGCGUCGUUAUGCCGAGGUGGCCGACGUCGGGAGCCUCCAGAUGAAACAUUUCACUGAGAAAGACAAACUCCGCCUCCUGUACACUCUCACAGUCAGUCAACACCCCUUGGUACUACAGAUGUUCCCAGGCGCUGAGGGCUGGCCUUUCCCGCGCUACCAUGGCGCCUGUGGUAGGUUGAUGGUGUGGACAAGCUCCAGGCCUUUGUCAGCGCUUUAUGGAGCCUCCAUGGAGCAGAGGGCAGAUGCAGUCUACCAGCUGAUCCAGCUAAGCCAGGGUCUGGACUCCAACAGCCUGGGAUUCAGGCUCUACUACACCCAGCUGGGGGAGGACAUGUUUGGGCUUUUAGAGGAUGGCAGGCUCAUCAUCAGUGAUGCCAGCACCAUUGGAGUCAUAGACCUGGUGCAAGGUUUCCCCCCAGAUCGCCCCUCUCCCUCGGGCCCAGACGAAGACAUCUUCGCCUGCCUGGGUCAGGGGACCUCUCCGUGCAGCCAGCCUCCACCCUGUCGUUCUGUGCGUCCGUCCCAGAGCUUCACCAUGCUGUGCAGACACCUCCUGCCCAAGCUGCUGUCUGUCAGAGAGGCUCAGGCGGGACACGAGAUUGGCACCGAUGCGGGCCGUCUUCCCAGCAACGUAACACUGCUGCUGCGUGUGUGCGCUGACCCGAGUCAGCCCGACUGGAGGAUACUGUGGGCAGUUCAGGCUCUCAAGGACACUUUGAAACCACUGAGGCCCUGCAGUCAGGACUACAGCUACAGGUUCCCCGAGUGCCGCUACAACCAGGGGUACUGAAUCACACCCAAACAAUAUCUUGAACUACAACACCAACAAUGCACCUGUGCUUCCUGGAACU